ACAACAAUGUGAAAAUGAAAGCAAAAAACAUGACUGCGCUUUGGAAAGUGUUGUGUUUUUUCAUCUGUUUAACACUAACAAGAUUCGAUUCUGGAAUUUGUGUCAUCUAUGUUGAGAGUGGGAAGAGUGGGAAUUUAAAUCCAAAUAUACAAGGAAAACCUGAAGACAUUUUGUGGACAUUCAAUGGAAAUAAGGCAGCUGAACAUGAUUUGUUUGCACUUCAUGAGUAUGGUCAAUUCAAAGAAAGAACAGAGAUUGACAUCUCUACGGGACAUCUCACAGUUCAUCAAAUGAACCACAGUGACAGUGGUGUUUACAAGUCUACAAUACAGAUCAAAGGAAUCCUGCAUUUGUCUACACAUGAUGUUCAAGUAAUUGAUGCUGUUCCAGAGCCUUCAGUGACCUGUAAAGUGAAUCGCACUACAGAAUUAAAAUCAUUGUUUUGUUCAGUGGAUUCUCAGUUUCCAGCAACCUAUGAAUGGAUCGGAUCAAAUGCAGCACAUCAGUCUGAACAAGAGCUUCAUAUCGGCAAAGAGGAGAACCCUGACUCAGUUUAUACCUGCAUUGUGAAAAAUCAAGUGAGCCACAAGAAAAACAGCUUCACUCUGAAAGACUGCAACACAGAUGGAUCAAAAUUAGCUCUGAAAAUCAGUUUGCCAAUUAUCAUCAUCAUCAUCAUCAUCAUCACUGGGAUCAUAACCGUUUAUUUAAUGAAAAAAAGAAAGGAUAAGAUGUCUAGAGUACAAGGUGAAGAAAGCAUGGAACUUUUACCACAAUUGCCGUUCAAGAGUGGUUUCCCAGAGAACCAUGAUGAAUCAUCUCCUUCAAACAAUGGGAGCAUUUUAAGAAGAGAAAAUGAAGAGACAAUUAAAAUGGAGAUGAGUGAUGACAGAGGAGAGUCAAUGGAUGAAAAUGAAGGAACAGACGGUAUGAAUAAAGAUAAAGAACCAGAUACAAACUCAGGAUGUGCUGAUGAUGAACAUAAAAAAUACUCCCAGGAUCAGUCUGAACAGAUACAUGAAUCAGAUGUUAACCAGAGCAACAGUAAUGAUGCAGAGCAAAACAGUGAGCAGGAAAAAAGUGAAUAUGAAGAUGAAUCUGUACACAACCAUGAAGGAGCAGAGAGGAUUAAUGAAGAUAAACAAAGUGAAUCAGGCAAAAACGCUAAAUGUUCUGAAGAUAAUGAAGAGGACAUAAAUAAAGAUAAUCUGCAUGAGCAGACAGAUGAAUCUGCAAACAAUGGGAGCAUUUUAAGAAGAGAAAAUGAAGAGACAAUUAAAAUGGAGAUGAGUGAUGACAGAGGAGAGUCAAUGGAUGAAAAUGAAGGAACAGACGGUAUGAAUAAAGAUAAAGAACCAGAUACAAACUCAGGAUGUGCUGAUGAUGAACAUAAAAAAUACUCCCAGGAUCAGUCUGAACAGAUACAUGAAUCAGAUGUUAACCAGAGCAACAGUAAAGAUGCAGAGCAAAACAGUGAGCAGGAAAAAAGUGAAUAUGAAGAUGAAUCUGUACACAACCAUGAAGGAGCAGAGAGGAUUAAUGAAGAUAAACAAAGUGAAUCAGGCAAAAACGCUAAAUGUUCUGAAGAUAAUGAAGAGGACAUAAAUAAAGAUAAUCUGCAUGAGCAGACAGAUGAAUCUGCAAACAAUGGGAGCAUUUUAAGAAGAGAAAAUGAAGAGACAAUUAAAAUGGAGAUGAGUGAUGACAGAGGAGAGUCAAUGGAUGAAAAUGAAGGAACAGACGGUAUGAAUAAAGAUAAAGAACCAGAUACAAACUCAGGAUGUGCUGAUGAUGAACAUAAAAAAUACUCCCAGGAUCAGUCUGAACAGAUACAUGAAUCAGAUGUUAACCAGAGCAACAGUAAUGAUGCAGAGCAAAACAGUGAGCAGGAAAAAAGUGAAUAUGAAGAUGAAUCUGUACACAACCAUGAAGGAGCAGAGAGGAUUAAUGAAGAUAAACAAAGUGAAUCAGGCAAAAACGCUAAAUGUUCUGAAGAUAAUGAAGAGGACAUAAAUAAAGAUAAUCUGCAUGAGCAGACAGAUGAAUCUGCAAACAAUGGGAGCAUUUUAAGAAGAGAAAAUGAAGAGACAAUUAAAAUGGAGAUGAGUGAUGACAGAGGAGAGUCAAUGGAUGAAAAUGAAGGAACAGACGGUAUGAAUAAAGAUAAAGAACCAGAUACAAACUCAGGAUGUGCUGAUGAUGAACAUAAAAAAUACUCCCAGGAUCAGUCUGAACAGAUACAUGAAUCAGAUGUUAACCAGAGCAACAGUAAUGAUGCAGAGCAAAACAGUGAGCAGGAAAAAAGUGAAUAUGAAGAUGAAUCUGUACACAACCAUGAAGGAGCAGAGAGGAUUAAUGAAGAUAAACAAAGUGAAUCAGGCAAAAACGCUAAAUGUUCUGAAGAUAAUGAAGAGGACAUAAAUAAAGAUAAUCUGCAUGAGCAGACAGAUGAAUCUGCAAACAAUGGGAGCAUUUUAAGAAGAGAAAAUGAAGAGACAAUUAAAAUGGAGAUGAGUGAUGACAGAGGAGAGUCAAUGGAUGAAAAUGAAGGAACAGACGGUAUGAAUAAAGAUAAAGAACCAGAUACAAACUCAGGAUGUGCUGAUGAUGAACAUAAAAAAUACUCCCAGGAUCAGUCUGAACAGAUACAUGAAUCAGGUCAGAAUUGGCCCACAAAUGCAAAAGCAAUAGAAGAACUGAAUGUGAGACAGAAAAUAAAGCUAUUCGACACACCACCAAAUCCCAAAUAACUGCCAGACAUUCUACAUCAGAGCAGCAAAGUCUCCGGUGUUAAAUGUACACUCCUGGUGUUCAUUUGGGACUCACCAGCUGCUGUUAAAAACUAACAGUGAAGCAGUUUUGAAUCUACACUCUGUAGUGUUGAAUGUUCAAUUGCCCCAAACAGAGCUACACUCUCUGAGUGAUGAUACCUGCUGUUAACAGUCUAUUGAAGGAAAGAGAGACAACAAGAACAGGAAAACAAGAGACAAACCUGCAAACACUGCAACAAUUGAAUCUGUUUUACAGCCACACAGUCUUACAUGUACAUCAUCUUAAAUAAAAUAUGUUCUUGGGCAAUAAAUUAAAUGUUUCGGUAACACUUUAUUUUAAUGUGUCCUUGUUACUCAUAUUACAUGCAUUUACUAUAGUAAUAACAGUCAGUUAUGCAUAAUUACAAGCAACUAACCCUAAACCAAACCCUUACCCUAUAGUAAGUACAUGUUAAUUAGUAAUAAUCAGUAAUUACUUGUGUAAUUACACUGUAACAAGAACACAGUGUAACUAAUGUUUCAAUAUCUCACAGGAGAACGCUUGAAAAUGCUCAAAAUGUAACAUUGUAAUUUCCUAUUAUCAUGCUUUUUUUCAUAAUAUGUGUGUAAAAGAUUGAGAGUUAAAAAGAGAUUUAAAUGACUUUCCAGGAGAGCUAAAAGUAAUAGUGUAUUUUUUCUUUUGGUCUUGGAGCAAAUUGGUAAGUGAAAAUAAGAUUUGCUGUGAUCUCCCAUUCACCGCUGUCGAAGUUUACCCUGCAAAGGUUUAUUUCCACAUUCCAAAACCCGGAGUGUGAAAAAGGUCUAUUCAUAUGAGAGAAGUACAGUUAUUUGUUAAGUUGAGCAGAUACUGCCAGUGAAGGAUGCAACAACCUCUUUUGAACACACUUUUUUGGCAUAAUUAUACACAAACAUCAACACUCAGCAUACAAAACUCAUCAGCGGUGACAAUCAACAACUCAUUUUCAGACACACAGGCCCUGUCCCAGUACCCCCAACUUGUAGUUUUGGUCUUGCCUACUUACCCACUUGUUUUACAUAUUUCCAGUGUUUGGCCACUAGUGUGCAAGUAGACAUGAAGACUGCAAGUGUGUGGAUGACUUUUGAUUGCACGCUGGGACACUGGUAGACUUAAAGAUGUUGGUGCUUGUUGCGACAGCUGUUCAUUUUCAUUUCAAUCAGCUGAAGACUGAUUGUUUUUGGUAGCAGUGACUGUUACAGCCUAUUUAAAAUAAUAAAUAACUGAAAAUUUUACCCAUUUUUUCAUUUAUUAAUUCACUACUGGUUGUUGGAAGUGUAUUGUGCUGUAGAAAAUAUGUAAGUACAUUUAUUUAUAAUGUUUUUGUGUGAAAAUGAUUUUUUCUCAUUUUGAUUUUCAAUACUUUGCACAUUAAAAAAUGUGUAACUGUAAAAUUGCGUCAUCCAUAACUGCUGUAAAAUAUGAAAUAAGCAAUUUCUUUCUACUUUGUUUCUCAAUAC